AUGAAAGAUUCCUUUAACAGUGAUGUGAUUUCUGUGGUUUGUAUAACAGAGUUAUCAGACUCUGUGCUGCUCGCAGUUCUGGCCAAAGAUCUCCACCGCAUGAGGGAGACUCCUAUUAUUGUCUGGUUGCAAACUGAGGAAACUAAUACAAAUACUUUUCUGGAUGCAAUUCUUCAUCUUGCAAGAACCAACAACUUUCUGAAAUUGAUGGUUCUACACUCCAAUUCGUUCGAUAUCAAAGAAACACAGGUUGUCUAUAGACUUCAGCCAUUUCCCAGCGCAAGUUUAGUGCCCAUCACUGAGGAAAUUUUCAUCAAGACUUGGAACAAUUUCAUGGGUAGAACAGCGGUCAUAUUACCUGAUUUGGUAGCCCCAAGCAGCCUGCUAAUAACCGAUUAUCGUACGGGAGAACAACAACUUUUUGGAUAUGCUGAUCGACUUAUCAUAGAGUUUGCUAAAAAGUACAAUAUCACCUUAAAAUUCAAAAUGCCGCUCAGCGAGGUGAAUGCUUUGGGAGUUAAUGAUAUCUACCGCAUGACCUUGAAUGGCGAACUUGAUCUACCUAUACGAUACUUUGCGCAUGCACCGCGAGUUCGAUCGACCCAGGUAGAGUAUGUCUCAAUUUAUCAAUUGGAAAGUAUUUUCAUUAUAGUUCCUUGUGGUAAAGAAAUGAACUUAAAAGAUGUUUAUACUGGCUUAAAAACAUAUUCAAACAUUGUUGUGCUUGCAUACUUCAUAUUCGCAAUACUUGAGACGCUCCUUGUGGCAGCAUUCUAUCGCAUUAUCGGACGAAGAUUCAGAUUCUGCUUUGGCAACCUUUUCAUUAAUAUUUGCGCCUUUCGAGGAGUUUUCGGCCUGGGUAUUCCAAUGAACAGAUAUGGAAGCAGUUUUUCUCUAAAACAAUUGGUCAUAGUCAUGAGCAUUUUCAGUUUAAUAUUUAACUGUAAUUUCAAUGCCAAUCUUAGCACUUUGCUUAUCAAGCAGCCGCAUUACAAGCAGAUCGAGAGCUUUGAGGAGUUACGAAAUAGCGAAUUAGUAAUUUUGCUAGACGAAAGAUCUUACAACUAUAUCAAAUGGGUCAAUGAUGAAGACAUUUAUAAAUCCUUGAUACCAAAUAUACAAAUUAUUCCAACCAGACAACGAGAGAAAAUGCUUUAUGCUCUGAAUAACAGCUACGGCUAUCAGGUAUUCACCAAACUGUGGAAUAGUCUGGAUUUUUAUCAGAAACAUUAUAAAGUAAAGACAAUGUGCACAUCUCCAGGAUUAAUUAUAUCUGAUGUGCCAGUCAGUGGCAUUCUGAUGAACAAUUCUGUGUUUAGGAUAGCUCUCAAUGAAUAUAUGCAUCAGACUCGGAGCAUGGGAUUUUAUCAGCACUGGUUGAAAAGUGCUAAUCAAAAGCUGAUUGGAAACUUUCCCAAAACAAAUCUAAUUAACAAUCAAGAGAGUAAACCAUUAAGAAUGGACGAUUUGAAAUGGCUUUGGAAGCUUAUGGGAUUUUGUUAUGCUGUUGCCGGACUUGUUUUUGCCGUAGAACUUUUAUCUGUGUAUUGGCAAAAGAAACGUGCAAGGAGAGUUAUCGUCAUAAGGAAUUAA